AUGGCCGACUACUCAGUCUAUGGCACGCCGAGCGCGGACUGGAUCGCAUUUGCACCCAGCAUGCCGGCUCCGCCGCCAGGGCUUACAAUCGAGCAGUUGGUGGAGUUGACCAACAAAGGUCGUGAAGCCACCUCUGCUGAGGAGAUGAUAUCCCAAGGUCUCGCCGAUGCAGUCACCCUGCAAGAUCACAGCAUCCAGUCCAGGGACGGCGGGAUCAUUGAAGCACGGUCCUAUCGCCCCAAAUCUGUUUCGUUAGACCAAAAACUACCCAUUUACAUCAAUCUCCACGGUGGCGGUUUUCUCUUUGGUACCCUCCCCUCCGAGGAUGCCGCCUGUUCGCGCAUCGUGCACACUCUGGCCUCGGAAUCCUAUCCUAUUACUGUCCUCAAUGUCAACUAUCGCCACACCCCUCAGCACACCUUCCCCACAGCAUGGCAUGAUGUGGAAGACGCUCUGGUCUGGACGCACGCUCACCUGGAUCUCCUCGGCGCCGAUGGCUCCCAGCUUGUCAUCGGCGGCAUCAGCGCGGGCGGGCAGCUCUCCGCCUCCAUAACGCUCCAACAGCACCUAGGCAUCGGGCCGUUGACGAGCCUGCCGAGAAUCAGAGGCCAGGUGCUCAUCAUACCAUGCCUGGUGAACCCGGACACGUACGAUCUGCAGCGAGCCAAGCUAGCCAGUCCGGAGGUAAGUAGCUACGUGACACAGAAGAAUGCGCCGGUGCUGGACGUCGCGCGCGUCCGGCUCUUCACGGGGCUGCUCAAGCUACCAGAGAGCUUUGAUGUCAAGGACCGGCUGCUAAACCCAGGAAAUGCGGACGCGGAGGAAGUCAAAGGCUUGCCGCCGAGUGUGUUUGGGAUUGCGGGAGCCGAUCCGCUGCGGGACGAGGGCCUGUUCUACGCGGAGCUGCUGGCCGGGCAGGGGGUGCCGACGGAUGUGACGGUGUUCAGGGGAGUGCCACAUGGGUUUCGUCGCUUUGGGGACAAGUUGAGCGCGAGCAAGGCGUGGGAUGCCGUUACGGCAAAUGGGAUCCGUUGGUGUUUGAGCAGUCCGCAGGCAGGACAGUUCACCAUCAAGACGGAUUGA